CUUGUGUAACAAAACCGCUAUUUUAGACUAAAAAAAGCAGAUAAAUGAACCUACAUCUACCAACAACACCUACUAAACGGACAAAACUGGAAAAAUCAAACUUUACAACCUAAAAUUGUUUUUUUUUUAUACGAGCUAAGCUGAGAAAAAUCAUCCGCCUCUAAGAAAAAAAAAACGCAGAAUCGCCUACAGAACAGCAAGCAAAUCUAACGUAAAAGGCUAAAAAGCGACGCAGGUGGUUUCCGAGCAUUGGCCCUUGCAACAAUGGUGGGUUAAAAAGUGUAAUCAAGCUUUACUCCGAGGAAGCCAGAGCAGUCCCGCUAAGCGGUCGAAACGAACAUAAGGAUAUCAUUGAGGAUCUAACACAUGCCGGACAACGCAUGGCAGAAAUAGUUGUAGAACUCAAUACAAAUUGAAACAUUUCCGACAUCCCAAACAUCCUAGCUAUCCUAGUGGCUGCUUGAGAAUCCACAUAUAGCAGCUUAAUUGGCAACUCUCGGCAAGUUCCACUGAAAGCAUUUGCAGCCGUACUCUUCAAAAACAGUGAAAUAGUUUCGAUAAAAAAUCGGUUCCUAAAACAACCCAAGGACAACUUAAGCACGCAUUUACGACAUUUUAGUUCCUCACGCAAGCGACCCACACAGGUGAGAUCAAGAGAGGCAACUGUCCAAAAACGCAACUAUAUUAUAGGUGUUCAGCUGAGUUUGUUACCGUUGUAGUGGCCAAUCUUGUGAUCUUAGCUGGCCAAAUUGCUUGCUUGAUAAACUAAAACCAUCAACGAAAGGGAACCGCGUCAACAUCAACUGUACACAAUAAUAUGAGAAUCAGAAAAAAUGAGAAUCGUGCUUGCUUGAUAAACUAAAACCAUCAACGAAAGGGAACCGCGUCAACAUCAACUGUACACAAUAAUAUGAGAAUCAGAAAAAAGAUCAGUUCAGCAACGAGAGCAACACUAAAGCGAUAGUAGCAAGUAGUGAAACAAUAUCAAAUUUAGGAAAACACUUGUCGACCAUUACGAUCAACAGAUAAACGUUAUCAAUCGAUUCGAGGAAGCACAACUGUGACACCAAGCUGGGAUACAAUACGCAAACCGGAAAGAUUAAUCUAGAUACGAACAAGUUGAAGCAAAUAAUAGCAGCCAGUAAAUGUACAGGAGUAAGUGAAACUCUCGCCAGUUACGUGGAAAGAAUUACGUUACCCUAUAAACUGCAGUGACAGAGAAUUUAAUCUUUUCCGUUCGCCUCCUGGUUCUAUCAUUUCCUUUUAUAGGGUUUGAACAACAAUGCUUUGUUUUUAUACAGCAUGUUCUAUGUAACACGAAAAUUGCUUUAGCUAAUUGAAAUUGGAAGAAAACAAAUCAAUCCACACGGACAAACGGGCUGCAUCGAAAUUUAGGAGACUAUUCGUUGUGAGCGAUUGGGCCGAGUUUCAACUCUGUUUAAAAUCGAAUGGAAGCAGUAAAACUCGAGACAGGAGCUGCAAAAGUUAAAGUACAAAAUAAGAACUAAUCCAACCGCCGAUACCGCCGAUUAUCGUUAGUUCGCCAGUGUCCCACGUAAGAUUCACCACAGCAACAGCAACUGGCAUACGCAAACGAGUGACAAAUAAAUUCACGCACAAAACAUAUUCAGGAAGCGGCCAUACAACCAUCAACAUCUGAACAAAAAGGAAAAUAAGUAAACAGUGUAACUUCUUCUUCGACUGAUUUAAUGCGUUUGUUUAUCGGUGAGUGAAAAGUGAAUGCAGUAAUCGAAAAGUGUAGCUUUCUGUGGUAUUCUCAAUGUGUAAUAUUGAACCCAACACAAGAAUCUAAGCCAGGGCGGAGUGAAGAGUGUUUCGUGAAAAAAAACGGGAACAUCACAAACGACCUACAGUGAGUGCAGUGUGUUCAAGCUGUGUAGUAGCUUUGCUAAACAGAAGACUGUAUGCCUUUGCUGUACCGUAUUGAUGGUGAACAGAUUGAUUCAGAAUAAAAUUAUAAAACAGAAAAGUGGGUCCACAGUAACCCUCAAUUAGAAAGACCAGAGAAAAUACAAAUAAAACGAUUCUGUGAUAAAAUUUAAAAAAUAUUACAAAAUAAGCAUAUGUUUAUAAAAGUGAAAUUAGCGACGUUACUUGAAUCGAUCGGAACGAGGUAACCAAAAAGGAACCGAACAAACUGUGGAUGUAGAAAAAAGAACAUCAACAAAAGUCUGUGGGAGAGUGUUCCGCCAUAGUGUUACAAAAAUAUCCCGGUGAGGUUUUAAGCCGCCAAAGCCUCACAGCAAAUGUCAGUUUUUUAAGUGAACAAUUGAUAAUGACUACAUGAACGACCAUUAAUUCGUGCCUGAAAUUAACCACCGCUCCCGCUUAAGUUUUGUACCAUACUCUCGAAAACGUCGAUAUACAAUAAUAUUUUUCGCGUUGUCAAUAUUCCGGAAGGUACCGUGUACUGCAAUCGCAGUUCUUCAAACGGUGAUGAUUUUGAAUUGGAUAUUUAGUGUACACCACUAAUGAAUUU